GCGCCCCGCACAGCGGCCCGCGCAGCGUUCCGCGCCGCGCCCCCGGCCAUGGGCGACGAGGAGGAGGACGAGGGCUGCGCCGUGGAGCUCCGGAUCACCGAGGCCAACCUCACCGGCCACGAGGAGAAGGUCAGCGUGGAGAACUUCGAGCUCCUGAAGGUGCUGGGCACGGGAGCGUACGGGAAGGUGUUCCUGGUCCGGAAGGCCGGGGGCCACGACGCCGGGAAGCUGUACGCCAUGAAGGUCCUGCGCAAGGCGGCCAUCGUGCAGCGGGCCAAGACGCGGGAGCACACCUGCACCGAGCGCUCCGUCCUGGAGCUGGUCCGCCAGGCGCCCUUCCUGGUCACCCUGCACUACGCCUUCCAGACCGACGCCAAGCUGCACCUCAUCCUGGACUACGUGAGUGGCGGGGAGAUGUUCACCCACCUGUACCAGCGAGAAUUCUUCACGGAGCCCGAGGUGCGGGUGUACGGAGGAGAGAUCGUGCUGGCACUGGAACACCUGCACAAGCUGGGCAUCAUCUACCGAGACAUGAAGCUGGAGAACGUCCUCUUGGAUUCCGACGGCCACAUUGUGCUCACCGACUUUGGUCUCAGCAAGGAGUUCCUGUCCGAGGAGAAAGAACGGACCUUCUCCUUCUGCGGCACCAUCGAGUACAUGGCUCCCGAGAUCAUCCGCGGCAAGUCCGGGCAUGGCAAGUCCGUGGAUUGGUGGAGCCUCGGGAUCCUCCUGUUUGAGCUGCUGACCGGGGCGUCGCCCUUCACCCUGGAGGGACAGAGAAACACACAGGCCGAGGUGUCCCGACGGAUCCUCAAGUGCUCCCCUCCCUUCCCCCCCCGGAUCGGUCCAGUGGCCCAGGACCUGCUGCAGCGGCUACUCAACAAAGACCCUAAGAAGCGUCUGGGGGCCGGACCCCAGGGGGCCCAGGAGGUCAAGAAUCACCCCUUCUUCCAGGGUCUGGACUGGGCGGCCCUGGCCGCGCGGAAGGUCCCGGCCCCGUUCCGGCCGCAGAUCCGGUCGGAGCUGGACGUGGGGAAUUUCGCCGAAGAGUUCACGCGGCUGGAGCCCGUCUACUCACCCCCAGGCAGCCCCCCGUCCGGGGACCCUCGUGUGUUCCAGGGUUACUCCUUUGUGGCCCCGUCCAUCCUGUUUGACCGGAACAACGCUGUGAUGACCGACGCCCUGGAGCUUCAGGGGGGUGGGGACCGGCCCGGCCGGGCAGCUGUUGCCAGAAGCGCCAUGAUGCAGGACUCGCCGUUCUUCCAGCUGUACGAGCUGGACCUGCGGGAGCCGGCCCUGGGCCAGGGCAGCUUCUCCGUGUGUCGUCGCUGCCGCCAUCGGCAGAGCGGACAAGAGUUCGCCGUCAAGAUCCUCAGCCGCAGGCUGGAGGUGAGCACGCAGCGGGAAGUGGCCGCCCUGCGGCUCUGUGAGUCGCACCCCAAUGUGGUGAAGCUGCACGAGGUUCACCACGACCAGUUCCACACGUACCUGGUCCUGGAGCUGCUGCGGGGCGGGGAGCUGCUGGAGCACAUCCGCAAGAAGCAGCACUUCAGCGAGUCGGAGGCCAGCCAGAUCCUGCGCAGCCUCGUGUCCGCCGUCAGCUUCAUGCACGAGGCCGGCGUGGUGCACAGGGACCUCAAGCCCGAGAACAUCCUGUACGCGGACGAGUCCCCGGAGGCCCCCGUGAAGAUCAUCGACUUCGGAUUUGCGCGGCUGCGGCCCCAGAGCCCCGCGGGGCCCAUGCAGACCCCCUGCUUCACCCUGCAGUACGCGGCUCCCGAGCUGCUGGCCCGCCAGGGCUACGACGAGUCCUGCGACCUCUGGAGCCUGGGUGUCAUCCUGUACAUGAUGCUGUCGGGGCAGGUCCCCUUCCAGGGGGCAUCGGCCCAGGGCGGGCAGGGCCAGGCGGCCGAGAUCAUGCGCAAGAUCCGGGAGGGGCGAUUCUCGCUGGAUGGAGAGGCCUGGCAGGGCGUCUCUGAGGAGGCCAAGGAGCUGGUCAGAGGGCUGCUGACCGUGGAUCCCGCGAAGAGAUUGAAGCUGGAGGGACUGCGGGCCAGCGCGUGGCUGCAGGACGGCAGCGCCCGCUCCUCGCCCCCGCUCCGGACCCCCGACGUGCUGGAGUCGGCCGGGCCGGCCGUGCGCUCGGGCCUCAACGCCACCUUCAUGGCCUUCAACCGGGGCAAGCGGGAGGGCUUCUUCCUGAAGAGCGUAGAGAACGCCCCCCUGGCCAAGCGGCGGAAGCUCAAGCUGUGCAGCUCCGAGCCCUCCUCUCGGCCCGGCUCCCCCACGCCCCCCGCGCCGGCCCCCGACCCUGCCCUGACCCCAGCCUCCCGGCCUCUGCCACCCCCUGCCAAGGGGGCUCCCCACCGCUCCAACGGGCCCCUGUCCCCCUCCUAGCGGGGCCGGGGG